AUGGAACAAGUAAACCUCACUGUCAGUGUCCCGCCGGAAAUUACGCUUCAGGGGUCGGUGAACGUGAAUGACCACAUCCUGUCACGUUCGGGCUACACCUUUUUGGCUGCCAUCAUCGGCGUCUUCUCCGUCACAGGCGUCAUCUUGAACAUCACCGUGAUUGUGGUGACACUACGCCACAGGCAGCUGCGUCAGCCUCUGAACUAUGCCCUGGUGAACCUGGCAGUGGCAGACCUGGGCUGCGCCCUCUUUGGGGGACUGCCCACGAUGGUCACCAACGCCAUGGGCUACUUCAGCUUGGGAAGAGUUGGAUGUGUGCUGGAGGGAUUUGCUGUGGCUUUCUUUGGUAUUGCUGGCCUGUGUUCGGUCGCAGUAAUUGCUGUGGACCGCUACAUGGUGGUGUGCCGACCAUUAGGGACAGUCACGUUCCAGACCAGACAUGCAGUGGUCGGUGUGGUCUUCUCCUGGGUGUGGUCGUUUGUUUGGAACACCCCGCCACUCUUUGGGUGGGGCAGCUAUGAGCUUGAAGGGGUUCUGACGUCCUGCGCCCCAGACUGGUAUAGCAGAGAUGCAGGAAACAUGUCUUACAUAGUGUGCUACUUCCUUCUUUGUUUCGCCAUACCUUUCUCCGUCAUUAUGGUGUCUUACACACGGCUUCUGUGGACACUCCGACAGGUGGCUAAACUCCAGAUGUCAGAAGGGGGAAGCACUGCAAGAGCAGAGAUGCAAGUUGCUCGUAUGGUGGUCGUCAUGGUGCUAGCUUUCCUGGUCACCUGGCUACCUUAUGCAUCCUUUGCCCUUUCUGUUAUCAUUUCCCCCAGCUUGUACAUCGACCCAGUGAUUGCCACUGUGCCCAUGUACCUGGCCAAGAGCAGUACUGUAUUUAACCCCAUCAUAUACAUCUUUAUGAACAGACAGUUCAGAGACUGUGCUGUGUCUUUCUUGCUCUGUGGAAGAAACCCAUGGGCAUCAGAGGCAGAGGCAUCAGAGGCAGAGACCACAGUGUCUUCAGUGAGCAAGAGCAACAACAAGGUCUUGCCCUCAUGA